CGGGUCUUAUGGGGGUGGGGAUGAUGCGUCCCACAUCGCCCGCGGAGUACAUCCUAGGUUAGUGUAUAAGGCUGGGUUCAGUCCUUCCUCUACGAGCUAGCUUUUGGGGUGAAGUUAGGAGUCUAGUCCCUUAUCAUUUAGUAUUAGAGCUCUGGCUCUAUAGGGUCGGUGUCUCAUGGGGUUCUUCAGAACGCCGACUGAGGCAGUUGAGUCUUAUGGGUGUGGGGAUGAUGCGUCCCACAUAGCCCGCGGAAUACAUCUUGGGCUAGUGUAUAAGGCUGAGUUCAUUUAUUCCUCUACGAGCUAGCUUUUGAGGUGAAGUUAGGAGUCCAGUCCCUUAUCAAGAGCCAAAUCAAAGUAUUGAGGUAAGUUCUGUUAUCUUAGUUUAGGAAUUUGAGUUUUCUAGUUGCUGGAUUUCCUUUGGUGUUGUCUUAGUACUUGAUUUCAUUUUAGAUCUAAACUUUUUCUCUUUGGAUAUUCUUGUUGUUUACCACGUUUUUCUAGUUAUCCUUUUGAUUAAUUCAAGAUUGUAAUUUUUUUCUCUUUGUUUGGCUUUAGAUUUGUUUAAUCAGAUCUGUUUUAAAAAAAAAUGGGUAGAAUAUUUUGACUUGAUUUGGGAACUUAUUGACAGCCUAUCUCACACUUAAUUAAAGACAGAAUAUUUGAUUUGAUUUAGGAUCUUAUCUUAAGAAAAUAUAAAGUCAUUGCUGGAAAAGUUAAUUAUUUUUUUAGGAUAGCCUAUAUUACACUUAUUUGCACAAGCAUGUACUUUUAGAGUUAAAAUUAAUCAACUUAUGACAUCAAGUGAAUCUGGUUAUCACUAUAAUUCUAUGUCAAAUCUGAAAUUUUGUUUUUAUUGCUUGCUUACUUUGUUUGCGUAGAAUUAAAUAGGUCCAUGUUUAGUUUGCUUUGUGGUGAACUAAAUUCAUCUAUUAUAUCUAGAGUUCGUCUUCUUUGAUUCUAGUUUCUUAAUUCUUGUAUGCUAUCUUUGCUUCUUUACAUUGUUAGGGUGUAUUUGCUUGUUUACUAUACUGUAAUUGCUAAUCAAGUAGUACAUUGUUCCUGUUCUUGUGCUACCAUUCGAUUUCGUUGAGUCUUUCCUCUCUAGAAUUGUGCUUGCUUUUCUUGUUAAGGUUUUAUUUCCUUGAGUUUUUAAACGUACUUUGAGAUUAGUUGGUUGGCAUGGAAUUUUGAAGUACAAUUGGAGGAUUUGCAAAGAGUGGUAAGGAGUGUAAACAUGUGAGGUAGUGUUUUCUUCACUUUAACCUUAUUUCUUUGUGAUUACUUCUUUGAGUACUAACCAUGAAUACAGGAAAGUCUGGAGAAACUAGUGGGGAAGGGAAUCAACUUCAAGAUCCCCAAUUGAAGCUCUUUAUGGAAUCAAUUCAAGGGCAAUUUAGAAGCUACAACAAUUUCCUCCAAGAUAUGAGAGAGGAGUUGCAGGAGAUCAAAGCCGCCCAAAGUUCAAAUACUACAAGAGCUCGUAUAAAUAAUACUCCACCAACUAGAUUUCAAAUUCCUAACGAUGAUGAGGUCGAUAAUCUUGAAGUUAGUACAGUUGAUGGUGACUUGGGAUCCAUUAAAAUGAAGAUUCCGGAGUUCUAUGGUAACAACAACGCAGAAGAAUAUCUUGAAUGGGAAAGGAAGGUUGAGCAGAUCUUCGAGUGCCAUCAUUACUCGGAGGAGAAGAAGUCUCACCUUGCAGCUAUUGAAUUCAAGGGGUAUGCAAUGUUUUGGUGGGAACAGUUGUUGUUGAAGCGAGGAAAGAAGGGAAUGCGACCCGUUUCGCAAUGGGAGACUAUGAAGGAAUUAAUGCACCAGAAGUUUGUCCCUGCUCAUUACUUUAGGGACUUACACAACAAAUUGGCAAGAUUAGUGCAAGGAAACAGUUGUUGUUGA